AUGCGUUCUGUAAAGCAUCACUGUCUUUACUGGCUUGUUGCCUGCGCAGCAGCGACCAUCUACCAGGUCUUGACCUUGAAAUCAGGCGUCCCGGCGGUGCUUUUCUACGUCCUCCUCGUCCCUCUUUUGCCGUUUUUCGUCAUCCUCGUCGUCAGAGGACCGCGCGAUGAACCAUGGCCACGCCUUUAUCACAUUGCCACCGCCGCCCUACUCAUAUCCCUGGGCUGUUUCUGCUCGACUUUCCGCCUUUCCGCUCCUGACGUCGCGCGUCCUGGUUUCGAUCCUCGUCCUUUUGCUCACUGCUGCUUGGCCUUUCAAGUCCUUGGCUCCUUGGAGUCCAUCCGACAAAACAGACUGGACAUCGACCCUUGCAACGUAGGGCUCCUUCACGGAGCCCCCGAUGCCUGUUUUUCAUAUCCGAAGAAGCGGACUCUCCUGCGUCGCUUCCUGGAUGUGAUUCGGCUCAGGCUUCUCUACCUGACCGUCUUGGCUCCCCUCGCGCUUGCCUUGGACGGCCUUUUGCGAAGAUUGUACGCUUCGGAAAUGUCCUUCACUUCCGUCGCCCUGGGCAGCAUCAGCGUUCCCCGGCAUGUCGGAAACCCGGCCAUGUUGUUCUACAUCGGGGCAGCCCUCGCAGAUGUGGCAGAAACAGUUAAGCAUUACACCCCCCCCCUGCAAAAUCCAUUCUCGAAUUUCUCGACUCUGACUCGAGGCGGCGUCGGCGGCCGCAACAGGUGUUUCUGCUGGUUGUUGGCUGCUUUGACCUGA